AGGUGUGCUCGCCACUUGCUAGUAUACGAUCGUCACUCCUUAUAACGCAUCAUUUUUUUCUUUUCAUGUUCUCAUCGUUGUUAUUUCAAUAGUUAUUUACUAUAAUUUUAUUCGCCGAGUUCAUGGUUUUUAUAAAUACACUCAGUCUAAUUGCUCUAAUGGAUCUGUAUUAAGUUUUUAUGUUUGUGUUUAUGUUUACGCAGAGUUAAGUCAAAAUAAGAAGUCAACAAAAAUAGUUGUUAGAAUAUAGGAUUUUGAUUGAAGAGUGUCUGGUGAAUUCUUUCAAACUCUCUGAAUAGAAGUGUGAAAUUACUUCAGGGUUAAAUUGAUGCAAACAAGUAUCAGAGUGACAGGAUCGUAAAAUGAGAAGAUUAAGUUUUUUUCUACUGCUGUUGUACAGCAUAUUUGUGGCAGUAACAGCAGAACCAUACUACACGGUCGUUGCUCCAAAAGUGGUACGUCCCAAUUCAGAAUAUCAUGUGGCAGUCAGUACGACUGGUAUAUCGACACCAACGAGAAUUAUUGUGGAAUUAGAUGGUGAGCUGGAUAAUGGCGAAACAUUUCAAGUAUCUCAUGAAGAUGAUGUUGAACCAUAUGCCACUCGAAUAUUUAAAUUAGAGGUUGGUGAUACCAGUCCUGGUCGUUACAAGUUGACAGCCAGAGGUAUUUCUGGUUUGCUGUUCAGUAAUUCUACAAACAUUCAAUAUGUCCACAAAAGUUAUUCAGUGUUCAUACAAACGGAUCGAGCAAUUUACAAACCUGGGAGCAAAGUUUUGUUCCGAUGUGUGGUUCUUGACUCAAGAUUAAGACCGGUUCUUACUAGACAACUUGAUGUUUACAUUACGGAUGGAAAUGGAAAUCGAGUCAAACAAUGGAAUCGUCCACCAAUCAGUCGAGGAGUUUUCAGUGGAGAACUGGAAUUAUCAGCAUCUCCAGUCCUGGGAAAUUGGAAAAUUGUUGCUAAUGUUGUUGAUCAAACAUUCGAAAAAGAAUUCGAAGUAGCUGAAUAUGUUUUGCCGAAAUUCCAAGUGUCUAUCAAUGCGCCAAAACAUGCCACAUUCAAAGAAGGCAAAAUAGCAGCAACAAUCAGUGCAAAAUAUACCUACGGAAAACCAGUGAAAGGUGAAGCCACUAUUACAGCAUAUCCUGAUAUUUUUUCGGGCGUACUUCAACCUAUCUACCAAGCACCGAUUAGGAAAGUCAUUCCCAUUGAUGGAAAAGUCACUAUUGAUUUCGAUAUCGCUAGUGAAUUACAAUUAACAGAUGAAUACGAAAGACCUAUUGAAUUGGAAGUGACUGUUGAGGAAGCAUUGACUGGUCGUAGACAAAAUACUUCAAUGCAAAUGACAUUACAUAAACACAAGUAUACAAUGGAACUUAUUAAGACUUCAGAGUACUAUAAACCUGGUUUAAAAUACACCGCAUUUAUUAAAUUAACGUAUCAUGACGGGUCACCAGUCCGUGACAACACAAAUCCAGUUAUUAUUUCAUACGGAUAUACAUACAAUCAAUCAGCUUACACCAACAUCACUAGAAUGCUAGAUAAUAACGGUAUGAUACAAUUGGAUUUCUACCCACCUAAAAAUACAAACAGUAGUACAUCACCUUUAAAUAUCGAGGCAGAAUAUUUGAAUUUGCAUGAAUGGUUCCCAUCAACAAAUCAAGCAAUGUCACCUAGUAAUACUUUUAUUCAAGCAUCAGUUAAAACUGACAAACCCAAAGUAAAUCAUGAAGUUGAGAUUCUUGUCAAUUCAACGGAACCGUUGAAAUAUCUAAGUUAUGAAAUAUUAGGCCGUGGUGAUAUUCUGAAUGCUGGUUCAAUUCCAAUCUCCAACGAACACGUUGCUUCAUUUAGAUUUUUGGCAACUUAUGUGAUGGCUCCCACUGCUCAUGUUUUAGUUUAUUAUACAAAAGAUGAUGGUGAAAUUGUAGCCGAUUCUCUUGACAUAGAUUUAGAAGGUACUUUGCAAAAUUUUGUAGAUGUAAAAGUGUCAUCUGAAGAAGCUAAGCCAGGUGAAUUUGUCGAUGUUACUAUUCUUACUAAACCAAAUUCUUAUAUUGGAGUUCUUGGAGUUGAUCAAAGAUCUUUAUUAUUGAAAUCUGGCAACGAUAUUUCACUUGACCAAGUUUAUAAAGAAUUAAAAUCAUAUGAUAUGGUAGAAGAGUCUCCAUACUCUGAUAUGAUGUUUGCACGCUCUUUCUGGCGACCAGGAUCAGCUACUGCUCAGGAUGUUUUCCAGAAAACUGGUACUGUUGUACUCACUAAUGCUUAUAUUCAUGAAAACUUCCCGAUACGACAAUCCGGCUAUUUGGAAGGUAGAGUACGAGGCUCGGCUCAUGGGGCAUCUACCUUGAAGCCAGACAUUGGUCCCCCAGUUAUACAUAGACUUGUGACGAGACCUCCACUGGCAGGUCCUUACGCCUUCUCACGCAUCCCAACUCCUGUAUGGAAUAAGCCCCGUGUUUUCCUUAUGCAUGACAUCUCCGACACUUGGCUUUUCACAAACUUCUCUUCAGGGUUGAAUGGAGAAGCAAAAAUACAUCGAGCUGUACCAGAUUCUAUUACAUCUUGGAUAUUAAGUGCAUUCUCGAUCGAUCCUACUUAUGGAUUGGGUCUUAUUAAUGAACCGAGAAAGUUGAAAGUUUUCAAACCAUUCUUUAUAUCUGUUGAUCUCCCAUACUCUGUGAUGCGAGGAGAGAUUGUCGCGAUACCUAUUGUGGUAUUCAAUUACAUGGAUAAGGACGUUACAGCUGAUGUUGUACUUGAACACGCUGGACAGUUUGAAUUUGCUGAAGUAUCAAAUGAAGUUCAUGACACCCCGAAAUUAGAACUUUUCCGUCAAAAGAAAGUCGAUGUUAAAGCUAAUUCUGGCAGCAGUGUAUCAUUCAUGAUUAUACCAAGAGAACUGGGAUAUAUUUCUAUUAAGAUACAAGCUACGAGUAAAGUUGCUGGAGACAGUGUUGAACAUAAAUUACUUGUAAAAGCUGAAGGAGAAACGCAGUAUAGAAAUCGAGCUUUAUUCAUAGAUUUGCGUGAUAAAAGAAACUUAAAAACAAAUAUAACAGUCGAUAUACCGAAGAAUGUUGUACCUGGUUCAGAAUACAUUGAAAUUUCUGCAGUAGGAGAUAUUUUAGGGCCCAGCAUACCUAACUUGGAGAACUUGAUAAAAUUACCAUUUGGAUGUGGUGAGCAAAAUAUGCUCAAUCUUGUUCCAAACAUAGUGAUUUUAAACUAUCUAAAGAAUACUAAUCAAUUAACACCAGCGAUACAAAGUAAAGCAUUACGAUACUUGGAAAUCGGUUAUCAACAAGAAUUAACGUAUCGUCAUAACGAUGGAUCAUUCAGCGCAUUCGGAAUGUCUGAUGCAAGUGGAAGUACUUGGCUCACAGCCUUUGUAGCGAGAUCAUUCAAACAAGCAACUGAUUAUAUCACUAUUGAAGAUCGAAUAAUAGAUGAUGCUUUAUUGUGGCUAUCGAAUGUUCAAGCUCCAAAUGGAAGCUUUCCAGAAGUAGGACAUAUUAGUCAUCGAGAUAUGCAGGGUGGUGCUUCUAAAGGACUUGCUCUGACAGCUUUUACUUUGAUUGCUUUCCUUGAAAAUUCUGAUGCUAUCGUCAAAUAUAAAAAUACAAUUAAUAAAGGAGUGGAUUAUAUCGUUAAAAACAUGGAAGAUCUAGAUGAUCUUUAUGCUCUAAGUGUAUGUACGUAUGUACUAAAUUUGGCUCGACAUCCAUAUGAAGAUUCUGCAUUUAACCGUUUAGAAUCUAAAGCUAUGGUUAAGGAAGAUAUGAAAUGGUGGAGUAAACCAGUACCAAAAGAUGAUAAAAAUCCUUGGUUUAAUAGUUUACCAAGAUCUGUAAAUGUUGAAAUGACUUCUUACACGCUAUUAACUUAUCUCAGGAGAAAUUUAGUAUCUGAUUCAAUGGCUUUGAUGAAGUGGCUCGUGAAGCAGAGAAAUCCUGAAGGUGGAUUCUCGUCUACUCAGGACACCGUAGUUGGAUUGUUCGCGCUUUCUAAACUUGCGGAAAAAUUAUCUACAAAAAGUAAUAAUUUAGCUAUUAAAAUCAAUUACGAAGGCGGUGGUCAAAGCCAAAUAAACAUUAAUUCAGAAAAUGGCAUGAUUCUUCAAAAAUAUACUUUACCACGUAAAACAAGAAUUGUGAAUGUCACAGCCACUGGUACAGGUUUCGCUAUUGUACAAUUAUCUUCACGUUAUAAUUUAAAUGUUACUGGAGCCUGGCCUCUGUUCACUCUUGAUCCUCAAGUAGACAGGAACUCUAAUGAAAAUCAUUUACAACUUUCUGUAUGUUCCGGUUUUGUGCCAACAAAAGAAGCUAAUGAGAGUAAUAUGGCUGUUAUGGAAGUAAGUUUGCCUUCAGGAUUUACGGUGGAUAUGGAUACACUUCCAAGCUUAGAAGUUUCACAAAAUGUAAAGCGUGUUGAAACUAAAAAUGGUAAUACCAUGGUGGUAUUAUAUUUUGAUAAGAUGGUGAAGAAAGAAUAUUGUCCUACAAUCUCAGCUUACAGAACUCAUAAAGUAGCAGAACAAAAACCAGUGCCUGUAUCUAUUUAUGACUAUUAUGAUUCGUCGAGAAGAGCUAGGGUAUUUUAUGAACCACGAGUCACAAACCUUUGUGAUAUUUGUGAAGAUGAAGAUUGCGAAAAUCUUUGCGUUGGAUCGCCAGGGAAACAGAAAUAUAAUAUUGCAGCUUCUGCUCCACAAUCAUUUUGUACAAACGUAUAUUUUUUAUUGCUUUCCAAUAUUUUAUGUUUUACAAGUAUUUUUAGUUAUUUCUAUUAAUAUUUAAUUACAUUUUUCUUUUAUUGUUAGAUUUUAAAAAUACAUAUGUUGAAAAAAAUAAAUAAAUAUAAACAACGAUAAUCAAAGUGAUAUGUAUAUGUUUACACAGAAAAAUUUAAUUAAAUUAUCAUAAAAUAAUUUUAAAAAACGUU